AUGGACUAUUUCCGGCAGCUCUCUUCCGCGCUCGCAAAAGGAAUCAACCCUCUACCUGGCUAUUCUAUUGGGGAUCCAGUACUUUCCUAUGAUGGAAAAAGCAUAUGGAAGCUACAUGACGGUGUCCGCAAGGAAGACCAAGUGUCAGUAAGCAUCUUUCUGCUGGACACGUCGCAUGCCUCGCCGGCGCAGAUUGCCAUGGCGCAGCAUGCGGUCCGCAAAUUGCGUUCAGUCCGGUUCCCACAUGUGCUUAAAUUUCUAGAGACGUCUGAGGCACAAGGUGUAAUCUAUCUCGCUGUGGAGCGAGUCACGCCGUUAGCAACAAUACUGGAUGCAUGGCGCAAUGGUAAGCCGAAAAACUUGUCCAGCACUGCGUGGAUUGCAUGGGGAAUAAACCAACUUGCAAGUGCCGCGGCAUUUCUGAAUGAGCAAGUACAUUCCGUGCAUGGCAACAUCCAUCGGAACAGCGUAUUUAUCUCUCCUGGAGGCGAAUGGCUCUUGGGCGGGUUCGAGACGCUAUCGACGGUGGACGAGAUGGAUUGGUUAGCACAAUAUGGAAGUGAGACACCCAGUGCACAGGAAAAUCUUCCGCCAGAGCUGCAAUAUGGAUGGCGACGUAUUGCGCCAGACCCAAUCCAUGCCAUAGAUAGCUAUGCUAUCGGCGCAUUGGCUGUGGAAGCAUUCAACAAUAAAUUCCCGGCAGACCUCACCAAUUUUUCCGCUGGGCGUAUUCCAUCCUCUUUGCACCCCCUGCUUAAGCGAAUGCUGCUUCCGACCCCGGCAGCAAGGCUUUCUUCAGCCGAGCUCGUCGCUGCAGGAGCACAUCCCAAUGGAUUUUUGCAGAGUAAUGAAUUGACACGCGCAGGCACUCUUAUGGAAGAGUUCCGUGUAGCCGAUGCCUUCCGCAAGGAGGGAAUUUUGAUCGAAUUAGAAGAACUACAAACCCGUAUUGCCCCGUCGUUUGUGCAGUACAGGGUGCUUCCUAUUCUCGUGGAGGCGUUUUGCAGCACGCCUUCUGGGCACGGUGGUAUGGGAGCUUUGGACCUUUCUACGCGUGUUUUGCUCCCAUUGAUGCUCGGUCUAGCAAAGGAACUGUCUACGCAGGAAUGGACGCAAGCACUAGGUCCGACUAUCUUUGGUGCAUAUACUACACCGUACCCAAGCUUGCGUGCCGCGUUACUGGUUGGUCUGCCCAUAUACAAGAACCAUCUUGACGCGAAGACGGUGGGUGCACGGAUUUGGCCGGCCAUGACUACAUGGUUUGACGACCGGAAUGAGGCAGUUCGUGGCGCUGUUCUUACGUCAAUACCUAUCCUGCUUCCGCACCUGAGCGAGCGCGUCCUGAACAACGAUCUGCUCCGUCUGCUGGCGAAAACACAACAGGAUUCUACACCCUUGCUCCGCAUCCAAACUACUGAAUUACUGGGAAAGAUCACACCCCACCUUACUGCAGCCACCCGCGCAAAUGUACUUGUUCCCGCCUUUUCUCGCAGUCUCAAAGAUACGUACGAACAGGCGCGGCUAGCGGGUGUCGAAGCGUUUGCACAAAAUGAAGAGAGCUUUGACGGAGAAGCGUCCGCAAAAAGUGUUCUUCCAGCAUUGGCGCCAUACCUUGUGGACAAGAAUAAAGAGGUGCGGGAAAAAGCACACAACACGCUUCAGCAGUAUAUGGGAAAAGCUCUAUCGCAUGCCGCCACGUUGUCUACUGUAGAGAGCGAAUUACCUGCGCCAACAGAGAUGGCGGGUCAUACUCGAACCAGAUACACACGGACGGACACCGCAAGUCGCUCUGCAUUCUCAUCGUUCUGGUCCGUCGCAGCUGGAAAUGCAGCUUCCGCUCUGGGCGAUUGGGCACUCGCGCAGAUUGAUGCUGAUGAAGCGGCGUUACAAACUGCCAAAGCGCCCGAGGUGCUUACACCGCAAGGACAACAGCCAGAACCAGCCCCUUUGCCUCUGCUAGAGCAGAGACCAGCAGACCAUGGCAUGUCCCUCGGAAAGAAAUCGGUUCAAGACACUAUUGUGCCGGAUGCAUUUCAAACACAGCGCGAUCGACCGGUGCUACAAGUGCCAAAACUUGCCACAACCAAGCUGACACCAGCGGCACAUCCAAAGCCCCCUGCAGCGACAACCAUGCCCACUGUUCGACCCAUGGCACCGCCACAACCGGCUUCCACACUAGCUGCAGCGACAAGGAGUGCGCCUACGGCUUCCCCAGCCGUACCGACACCAAAAUCGACCACCCCGUUGCCUACACCCAAACCUGGACUUUCGAAAGAGGAAAAGAUGGCGCAAUUACAAAAACUACGAGAAGAACGCCGUACGGUGCGUAAUACACAAUUUACUAACCUAUAG